GAGGGGCCCCCCGCCCCGAUUGUGUUCUGCUAGUGGAGCAGGUCGACGCCGGCCGCGGCGCGGGCGCGGGCUCCCAUGGACCGCCCGGGGCUCCUGCUGCAGCUGCUGGCUCUGCUGCCGCUGACGGUGAUGAUGACGGUCCAGGGGACGAGUGUCCAGGAGGACGCCGACAAUGACCUCGAGUUCUGGAUGGACGACGACGCGAAGGCCGCCGAGGACGAGGACGGCGUCCGGAUCGACUGGGUGGGUGCGCCCCCUGACGCCCUCCUGGAGUUGGAGGCGGACCACGGCGACGACCAGCAGCAGGCCGACAAGACCGUGUCGGUGGCCGGCGACGACCUGAACUGGGCGCUGCAGCGGAUGCCGCCCACGCUCCGGAAGAGCCUGCGCCAGGUGCUGCUCCACAAGUACUCGCUGCGGAUCACGUGAGCGCCCAGAGCGCGGACCACGAGGCGGACCCCCGCCGGUGACCUGGAGGCGCAUCACCAUAGCGCUCAGCCCCACCCCGACCAUAACAGAAGAUGUACGUACACUCGGGAAAAUGAAAAUCUGUGAAUCGGACACCUAAACCGACCUAAACUACGACAGUGCAGCACAAUGCUUUUAUCAACGUAUUAUGGUCGCGCUUGCUCGGCUUGAACUUUGUUAUGGUUGUUACAGAUUAUCAUUUUGCGGGGUGUAAAUUUGUUCGGCGACUCGGGCUUGCCUUGCCUGCUGGUCGUUCGCAGAAUCCGUGCUUUUUUAUGGUGGAGUAGAGAGGUUCCAUGUCAGCAUAUGAUGAUAAUAUGUUGUAUGGUUCUUGUCAAUUUACUUACAACUGUGCUCAUUUUCGACUUUGGCGAAAUAAAGCCCCGAUAAAACUC